UAAAGAUGAUUAUUAUGUAUUUCAGCUAGACACAAAGAAUACCGCCGCUGUUGGGAAUAAUAGUUAACAGCUUGAAACCGAGAAGCUAUAUAUUUGAUAUAUAAGUUUAAAUAAAAUACAAAUUAAAUGGAAUUAUGCCUUUAAUAUCAGCAAUAUUAGAUAUUAUUUAUCUACCUUUUAGUGUUUUCGUGUUCCUUUUAGUGUCGCUUUCAGCCAUAAACAAAUCCGUCGGAGUUCGAAGGGCAUAUGUCAAGCUUUUAUUAAAAGUGUUUGAGUAUGGAAGACAAAGUAUUGAAACUGCGUCAGAACAAAUUAAAGACGGUGGACCAGUGGUUGAAAAUAUUAUUGAUGGAUAUAAGGUUAAUUCAGCGAAUCAUUCAUCUCAGUACGAAUCAAAUGACAAAAGUAAAUCUAAUGGAAGUGUGUUAAUCAGUAGGGAUAGCGUGCUACAACCUACAUUACAAACAAACCAUACAUCAGCCAAAGACGGGGUAGAAUCUACACAAAAGUUGAAGGACGAAAUAAAUUUUGAUUUAGAAACAUGCCUUGACUACAUUAGAACAGGUGUUGAAGCAAUCAUUGAAGAUGAAGUGACGUCGCGUUUUGAAGCUGAAGAACUAAAAAGUUGGAAUUUAUUAACAAGAACGAACCGUCAUUAUGAAUUUAUAUCAUGGAAAAUAACGUUAAUCUGGAUGAUUGGUUUCACAAUACGAUAUUUUAUUUUGAUGCCUCUACGGGUAUUUGUUUGUUUUCUGGGUGUCGCAGUUGCUGUAGUAACCAAUAGUUUAGUUGCGUUCCUUCCAUUUCAAUUUUUACGGCAUUAUUGCGCUGAUUUAUCAUAUAAACUAAGUUUUCGCUUGAUAACUGCUUCCUUAUCAGCAGUGAUUAAGUUUCAUAACACGGAAUACAAACCAAAAGCUUCCGGAUUUUGUGUAGCUAACCAUACCUCCCCACUGGACGUUGGUGUGCUAUCAACUGAUUGCACUUUUUCUUUGGUAGUAUGGCUUACUGUAUGUACAGCAAUUGUUGGAUGUUUGUCAGAAGGAGACUAUAAACGUGAAAUGGUCAACAAAGUAUUAAGACACUGUUUUUCUGUGCUAUCUAGUGCUAUUUCAGCUGUCAUAAUUUAUCAUAAUGCUGAAAAUCGUCCCACAAAAGGUAUUUGCGUUGCAAAUCAUACCAGCCCGAUCGAUGUGUUAGUAUUAAUGUCUGAUACUACCUAUUCAUUGAUUGGCCAGAGGCAUGGAGGAUUUUUAGGUAUAAUGCAACGUGCUUUGGCUCGUGCUUCCCCUCAUAUAUGGUUCGAAAGAGGAGAAGCUAAAGAUAGGCAUGCUGUGGCUGAACGUUUAAGGCAGCAUGUUUCCGAUCCCAGUAAUCCACCCAUACUAAUAUUUCCAGAGGGAACUUGUAUUAACAACACAUCUGUGAUGCAAUUUAAAAAAGGCAGCUUUGAAGUUGGAGGUGUUAUUUAUCCGGUAGCUAUUAAAUAUGAUCCUCGAUUUGGUGACGCCUUUUGGAAUAGUUCAAAAUAUUCAAUGAUACAGUAUUUAUAUAUGAUGAUGACAUCUUGGGCAAUUGUAUGUGACGUAUGGUAUCUGCCACCUAUGUAUAGACAAGAAGGUGAGUCAGCUGUUGAUUUUGCCAAUCGUGUUAAGAGUGUAAUUGCAAAGCAAGGAGGUCUAGUUGAUUUGGUUUGGGAUGGUCAACUAAAACGAAUGAAACCCAAAAAGGAAUGGAAAGAAAUGCAACAAAUUGAAUUCACAAAACGGUUAAAGGGAGACUAAUUCUUAUACAAUUAAAUAUAAAGUGUACAUGUACCCAUCUAAAUUAAUUUUUAUUUUUUUAAUAUUAU